GAUGAAGCAAAGUUAGGGGUGAUUAUGUUUUAUUAAAAGUACAAGGAUGAAUCUGUAAGAAACAAAACUAGAAGGAUCAUCCUGAUAUUAAUACUACAGGGGACUAUAUGUGGACUGUGAAGAACGCUGAGACGUGUUUGAUGCUCGAGCAAGGCCCCAGAGAGGGAGAGAGAAACUAAACAUUCGCUAAUAAACAAAGUUUGUACACACCCGGCCCAGAGCGGUUCGGCCCAGAAACAUAUCAUGGACCCGUACGAAAUUGCCCCAGCGGAAGUCACUUCCUUCGUUCUUGAACGAGCAUUGACAAUUUGACAUGCUGGUGGAUUAUGUGCGUUAUGUUUUGAAGACAUGUUUCAUUCUUUAUCUUUCAGAUCGUUUGAAUCCUCAUGUUUUCUAAGGAUGAUUGAUGUUUUAGUAUCUAAACAUUCAUGCAUGACUUUGAAGAAUCAAUCAUACCGACUUUUCCAAAGCAACAAAGAUGACUCCUAUAAGUCACGAAACUUUUUAACCGAUGUUUUUUCAUGUUUUAGACCAUUUCAAAACAUUUUGCAUUUGUCUUUUAGUUUAUUUUCUUUUAUAUCAAUUUGGGAUUAUGAAAAAAUGUAAUGGCGGAAUAUAAUCUCUUUUGUAUUUCAUGGAAGUCAUUGGCACGUUCUUGGUUUAAGCUUGCCAUGUUUUUAAAAAUGAUUUGACUUUCGUGAUCAAAUUUCAACUAUGUUUUGAUGCAUAUAUGUAUUUCAAUCUAUAUUUUCGAAAAUUCUUGAUGUAUGAAUUGGGCAAAGUUUUGAUAUCCAAAAGGAGAAAGUUCAAAGCGCUUGAAGUGUUGACAACGAUCAAACAAAUAGUUAAGGUCUAAGCUUUUUAUAUUCUAUAUUUUGUUCGUUCAUGGCUUUCGAACUCGAUCGUAGCUGUCCUUACAGAACGUUAUUUAUAUAAUAGAUCGGCGCAUUUUGAACCUUUCUAGAUAAUGCAAGUAGUCAAUGAUAAAGUUGUGUGGUUAUUGCGACAAAUUAAUCUGUGAAUCAGAUAAGUGGUCCGUGGAAGAACAAGUCUAGUUUUACUAAUUCAGAUUGCCACAAAGCUACUCUUUUAAAUUGAAGUUUUAUUUUGUAGUAAUGGUUUUCUUGACGUAUACAUAAUCAAAUUUAGAAGUCUUCAAAGCCUUGCAAGAAAAAAAAGAUCGCUAAAGAUCAUUUAUCCACGCUUAAGCUACAUAUUGAAUGCUAUCACCAAAUAUUAUUUCUAUAAGAAAACUCUUUUCGCAAAUCCUGAACGAACCGGUCACUGAAAUAGACAUGCAUGGUGAUGAUGAUCUUUUCAAAUGUUAUUGCCAAACCAUGAUGGAAAUGUGCAGUUGAAGCCAAAAAUAACCUUAGAACGCAAUUCACUAAUCUAAAACACACAAAAGAAGUUGAUGUCUCUCUUUCAUAAUUAUGUGCUUAAACUUCUUUAGAACUUCGAAAUGUGUAGUGAAGUAAUGAUUUAUUAAAACAAUUAAUAGAUUUUUUUCCUGUAAGGAACUUAACAUAUUUGGUGAAAAGGAAAGAAAGAGACAAAUGCUCUUGUCAUGCUUACCCACCUUUAUCCGUUGAAAAAUCUCUCCACCGCAUACCCCAAAAUAUAUAAUUUGUUUUCUUUAUUCUAAGUUUUUUCUUAUAAAGAGAUGUGUAAACACACUAAACAUUUUCAGAUUUUACAAGCUUUCUUCUUAUAUCUCCCAAGGGGACCAGAUAAUCAAUCAAUAUACACAUAAAUUGGGUCCACCACUUUUCUUGAUUUCUCCAUUUGAAUAGAUUCUGUGUUUUUUUCCCGGUAAACCAACACGAUCAUGAUCUGUUCCCAAGAAGAAUGGAUGCUUACACUUGUAUCGUUGCGAUCCUCUGCAUAGCCUUGUUUGCAAUCAAUCUAGUAUUUUCUUGUUUCACUUGCUUUUCCAUUCUACAUAGCUUCAUGACACAGACAGACCGAGACUUGAGUGAACUCAGGGAAAAUCUUAUUGAACCGGAAGAAGCUGAACCAGAGGAGAACGUAAUAACCAUUGCAGUCUCAAGUAACCAAGGGUUUUCUGACUCCAUCGAAGGUGAUAAUUGUGGCCAAGAUUGCUCGCAUGAUAUCUGUGCUUGUUGAAGAAAAGUUGAUUUAUAUUUACAUUUCUUGGGUAUCAAAAUCCAAAAUUUCUUUAUUUCUUUCCCUUUGUGUAUCAUGAGAGAUACAAUAUAGUCUGAAUAUAAUGUAUUUAUACUAUC